AUGGAAAAUUUUUUUAAGCCACGUACAGUAAAAAAAGCUGAAUAUUUCAGUGAAAAAGAAGUAGAUGAUCCACAAGAAGAAAUGUGUAGUACUUCUUCAGAUUUGCAUAAAACAUCUAAUAUAUAUAACAGCCAUGGCACGGAUUCAAGCCCUAAUGACCCUAUUGAUCCUGUAUUGGUUGAUGACACAAGCAAUAUAACUGCAGUGAGACCGUCUAUGCCUUGGCCAGGAAUUGAAAAGUUUUUUGUUUGUAAAGGCAGUAAAGGGAAUAAUUUGCUUGUGCAUUGUGUAUUAUGCGAACCUUCAUCUAAAUUGUACAGUGUUUCAAAAACCACACCAUCAAACCUUAAACGACACAUAAAUAGAGUACAUCAAUACAAACAAAAUGAUUUUGAAAAUGCUUUGAAUGAUGGUAAACAAAACUGUGUUAUUAAAAAACAGUGCUUUGGUUUGGAAGCUGAUCAAACCACAAAACCCUUGAAUCAGUUAACACUAGAACGUUGUGGAUCUGGUAAAGAAGGUGUUUCUCAGCACAAAUUAAAUGAUUUGCUAUUGAAAUUUAUUGUGAGUAAUACUCAACCACUGAGUGUGGUUGAUAAACCAUCGUUUGUAAAUCUAGUUAGACUAGGUUUACCAAAAGAUUUAAAGGUUAUGUCCAGUAAAAGUUUAAAAUUACAAAUUGAAAAACUUUAUUUAUCCAUGGUAGACAAUAUAACUAAUACAUUAUCAUCAGUUUUGUAUGUAUCUACAACAGCUGAUUGUUGGACCAAAGGAAAAAAGAGCUAUAUUGGGGUUACAUGUCACUGGAUAAACUCCAAAAGUUUUAAAAGGGAAUCUGUAGCAUUAGCAUGCUGUCGUCUUCAAGGUCGCCAUACUUAUGAUGUUAUUGCAAAGGCAUUUAAUACUUAUACCAAUAAUUCAGAUUCUUAUGAAGACUCAGAUUCGGAUGAUGACAAUGAGAAUGUUGACUUGUUUGAUAUAUUAAAUUCAACAUCUGCUUUAGAACAAGAAUCUGACACAUUUAUUCAGUUACCUCCUCACUAUAGAUGCUUUUAUAGAAAAAUGAUUGGAAAAUGUUCAGCAGUGUGGUCUAAGCAAAACAUGUCUCCUUUAGCAGCUGAAAAAAUACAUGAAACUUUAGGAGUUUAUUUUAAAACACCAAAUAAAACUAGGUGGAACUGCAUGUAUGAUGCUUUAUUACAAUUAAAAAACAUAUUAAAUGCACAAAAUGGAUUAGACAAGAUCAAUCAGGUAUUGGACUAUUGUGAAAUACAACGGUUCACACUACAAGAAAUUCAACUGAUGAAUGAGUAUUGUGAUGUUAUGUCACCUUUAGCUGAUACCUUGGACUUUUUACAAGGGGAAGAGAGUAUGUACAUGGGCUUUUUACUGCCAAGUCUAUAUGCGUUGGAAAAAAAAUUGAAAGCGAUUGACAACGAAAAAUUAGUUUACUGUACACCUCUUUUACAAAUAAUCAUCGAAUCUAUUAAAACAAGAUUUGAAUCAAUUUGGAAGAAAAACGAAUUAAUAUUAGCAUCAUGUUUAAUUCCAAGGUUCAAACUUAUUUGGCUUGAUAAAUAUAAUCAGUGUUUGGCUGAGCAAAAUUUGAAAACUUUGUUCUACUGUUCAGAAAACGAUGAAAAUGAAACAAGUGAUAGUAGUGAUACUACAAACAAACAUUUUGACAAAGCACAAAAUUUUUUUUGUCUUCCAUUGAACAAUCAACCAAAAAGUUCCUCUGCAGAUGAAAUAAAAAUGUACUUGAAAAGUCCAUUGAAUGAGAUAAAUAUGUUAUUGUCUUAUCCAAAAGUUAUGAAAUUUUUUUUGGAGUAUAAUACACCAAUGCCCUCAAGUGCUCCUGUCGAGAGACUGUUCUCUACUGGAUCCAAUAUAAUGACCGUUAAACGUUACAGAUUAGGUGAUGAACUAUUUGAAAAAUUAGUUCUUCUAAAACAGAACAAAAUUACUCUUUAG